AUGGCAGAAGUGCUUGGUGUUGCCGCAAGUGUUGCGGGCUUGAUUUCGCUGGCUGACAUCGUCGUGGAACGAGGCUACAAGUUCCUCAGAACAAUCAAAAAUGCCGAGAAAACAGUAAAGAGCCUCGUGCACGAGGUCAACGUUCUCUCCGGAGUUCUCCAUAGCCUUAGCAAUACGAUACAGCUCCUGGAAGAGGACGAAGACAGCGCGAAUUUUGACCCCACGACUCAGGUACAUUAUAUUGAAGCGUGUUAUCAGACCUUGUUACAGAUCCAAUGCUCUCUUGAGGCAGCCUUACCAUCUACUCCGUUAUCUAUAGGUCAGAAAAUCCGAUGGCCUCUGAGACAGUCAGAAACGAAAGAGCUGUUGGCAGAUAUGCAACGACACAAAUCAACCAUGGUCCUUGCAAUGAGUGCUACUGAAAUGUCGACAGUGCUUAAGGUUUUGACAAGACAAGACGCAAUCCAGGAUGGAAUACGUGGCUUAAAGAGUCACCUUGAGUCGGACAGAGAGGAGAGAAAGCAUAUCAUAAUAGGUGAAGAAAGACUACAGAUGUUGAAUUUCUUGAGCAAUAUCGAAGCUCAGAAAUGGCAAGAUUCGAACAUUCGCCUUCGACAGCCGGGAACUGGCAUAUGGUUUACUGAUGGGCCUGAAUUCAAGACUUGGAGAUCAGAAGCCAACACGAAAUUAUGGAUCAAUGGCAUACCCGGCGCAGGGAAGACAAUACUCGUUUCCUCGAUAAUUCAAGAAGUUGAGAAACUGAUGGACUCUCAAAAUGCUCUUGCCUUCUUUUACUGCGAUUACAAGGACGCAAAUACUCACAAUCCUCUUUGCAUUUUGGGGUCCUUGGCAAGGCAGUUGAUUGCACAGAACGAAGAAUGUUUCGAGUAUCUAAGUACGUUCUACCGGGACCAUUUUACCAAAGAUCGUCAAAUUCGAGCCUCUACGUCAGAAGAGUUGUGUGAUCUUAUAGUAAAAGUUUCAGCCCAAUUUCAGAACACAAUGAUUGUCGUCGAUGGAUUGGAUGAAAUUUCCGAGGAUAGAGCAGAUAUUACAAGAUUUCUCCGAGGCCUCAAUGAUCAUUCAAGAUCGGUAAAGACUUUAUUCGCUAGCCGUCCGGAAGUUGAUAUUGGCCACGUACUGGAAGACUUUGAAAAAAUCAGCAUUGCGGCCAUGAGUUCAGACCUUUGUCUAUAUGUUGGCUCGGAGAUUGAAAGACGAACCAAAUCGCGAAAACUAAACAUCACGGAUCGCGACUUAAAGGAGCACAUAAUGAAGACCCUUAUAGAAGGCGCCGAUGGAAUAAAUGUGCUUUAUUGGAUUGGCUAUGCCGAAGAGUCUUACCCCCUAACAACAACGCAGUUGCUUCAGGCACUGGCGGUACAGAGUGGAGAUACUGUUUUUGAUUCUAGUGGAAUGACUACCGAAGACGAGCUCUUACACUGGUGUAGCAGCUUGGUUCGCAGGAAUCGGUCUUCGACAGGGCUCGAAUUUGCCCAUUUCACCGUGAAGGAGUUUCUCAUAUCCAUCGACCCGAUUUUGAAGCCGCAAUACAUUGACUACCGACUAUCAGGCGACCACUCUUUACUUGCUGAAGCAUGCGUGACAUUUUUGUCUUUCACGUCAUUUGAUGAUCAGCCUAUAUCUUCUCUUGAUCCUGUAUCUUUGCUUCCCACUGAAUGUUAUCUGGAAGAGGUAUGGAAACCAUUCAGAGACAAGUGCGCUUUCUUCGAAUAUGCUGCAAUAAACUGGGCUUUACACUUACGACGAUCCAAAUCAGACUCAAUUCAUGAGACUGUAGAUCAACUGUUCAACCCAGAGCGCAGCUCCACAUUUAGACUGUGGACGCUUACUUGGUUCCAGAGCCAUUAUGGUAUUGGUGCGGAUGAGCCUGAGUUGUAUACUAACAUCGACUCUGAUCCAACCCCGCUUCAUUGGGCAGCAUGCUUUGCAUUGAAUGACGUAUGUGUAACUUUGAUCAAACUUGGCAUGGAUGUGGAAAAAACAUCCAAAUUUGGAAAGCCGUUGAACUGCGCCUUGAAGUUAGCCAGAGCAUGGUAUCCCGACGACGACGGAUGGAAUUUCUGGGCUCAAUCUGGUCAAAAAGAAACCAUUCAGGCGUUGCUCAAUGCUGGAGCGAACGCCCGUGCACAAGUUGACAUAGAUGGACGCCGCACUGCCUUCCAGCUAGCUCUCGAGGCUGACAUACAGAUGUAUGAACCUUUCGCAGCGACUAAGAUAAUGCUAGAUUCAGGUUGUACCAUUUUAUCUGAAGACUUUGACGUCAUCCUCAAAAAGCCAGAUGAUCUGUUCGAAGCAAAUGGUGCGCUUCUGGAAGGUGCGAUGAGUAUUGUGGAAACAUUUGCUAGUGCCUUUCCAAUCUAUUUGGAUCCCAGCGUUCAUCUCGAAUUUUUCUCAUUCGCACUUCAAAUGCUUUCCUUAGGAUGCGAAGGAAAAUAUCUAUCAUCUUUAUUCAACAUCACACCCCCGGAAGCUUUCCCAGUUGUUGUACAUCAGGAGCUUAACCGUUCAGUCCGUUCAUCAAAGACAGAUAUCUCCUUACAGGCCUUAAUCCAACUUUUAUACCAGUUUAUUCGCAAAAUCUCUGACAAUCCAGAGACGACAAGGACAAUAUUUCAAGGCGCCCUUACUCUUGCAAUAAAGUACAACAACUAUGAGGUAGCGCAGGAACUCUUAGCCAUGAACGAACACUGGGACGGUUUAUUUGCUAUAGGAGGAACCACAGAUUUGUGUUCUGUAUUGAUUGAGGCUGCUAUUGCUGAUGAUGCUGAUGCUGAAGGCUGGGAUGCUGUUAUUGAGUCUCUGGUUAUUCAAGGGGUGAAUGUAACGGCGCCAGACGUUUCCGGAUUUUCUCCGCUAGAAAUGUGCGUAGUGAAGGACUGGAAUUUGGACACAUUUCGGCUACUCUGGAACUCGACACAAGCCGCUCAAUACUACGCAUCUUUGGACAAUAAAUAUUUGCUUGCAGACAUGACAAGGCUUUUAUACUUUGCAGUUGAUUCUACCAGCUUGGAGGUCGCAAAAUUCAUCGUUCGAAAGUUAUCUGACAAAGGUAUAAUAUCAGAAGCUCAAUGGCUUGAGCUCGCUAUUGUCAAGAAUGCCUCGAUCAUUUGGGAUGCUCUAGCCCUUCAGGGUCGAGGCUUUAGCAAUUUGGAGCUAGACAGGCAAUUCGCACUUCAUGUGGCGGCAAGACCGCACAUAUCAUCAAAAGGCUACAAGUUCAUCCUUGACAAAGGAGCCAGUAUGUCUCUUCAGUAUCCUAAUGGCAAUAUACCACUCCAUGAUCUUACUCAGACGCACGAAGACGUAUCAUUGGAGAAAAUAAAACUCACGUUGGAGGCCGCUCUGAACUUGGAUAUAAUCAACUGCCAGAAUUUCACACCGCUCGCCCUUGCAAUAAGGUGUAAAAAUACUCCUGCAACGCAACUCCUUCUUGAAGCUGGAGCAAACCCCGAUAUCCCAUUGUCUGGUCAACAAACUGCCUUACACCUUGCCUGUUGGGUUGGAAACACAGAUGGCGCUAAGCUACUUCUCAAGCAUGGCUGCAAUCCUUCACACCAGGAUUCCCGUGGCCAAACACCUAAAGAUGUCGCGCUGACUUGUUCCUAUACAAUUUUGGCUGACAUGAUUCAAAACGCCAUCGAUGAACGUUCUCGGGUCUCAUCUGAAAAUACCAACGAUGUCGAAAUGUGGAGUACACCUAUGGAUGAUCUUCACGGAAACUUGCCACUCCGAAUGGCAGAGGGCAUUGAACUACCAAGUGUCGUGAUAUCGAGUUCAGGGUCCUCUUUGAAGCGAGGGAGUUCUGAUAUGGGCCUGGGAAGUUCGGGCAUUAAAAUGGGAAAGAAGCUCAGAGCCGCCUGCUAA